AUGAUGAACCCCAUCAACAUGGUCAGGCGGACCAUCCCGGAUGACGGGUCGCUCAAGGUUACAGAGCUCAUCCCAAGGCCCAAGGACGGCGGGUGCUUUGUCAAGGUAUCUUACCCGCCAGGGACGUCGCCGGACGAGAUCGAGGGGAAGCUGUCUGCGCAGCUGGCGAAGCAGCCCGUCAAGCCCUGGUUCAACCCCUUUCGUGGCAUCAAGGUCGGCCUGGUCAACGGCGUGCCGUGGCUCGAGGAUAUGGCCCGGUUCCCAAAGAGCAGGCUCAAGAUCGAGUUCACCCCGAAGGACCCUGGCGCAGAGGCCGCCGAGCUGUCGCAGGAGAACCUCUUCUCCCUUUUUCGAAGAUAUGGCAAGAUCGCCGAUAUCAUCUCGCAGGCUCCAGACUCCAAGGUCCUGCCAAAAUAUGCGUAUCUCGACUUCGCCUUCACACGGGAUGCUAUUAUGGCGCGGAACUGCCUGCACGGCAUCUUGGUCCCUGAGAAUCUGGGUGGUGGCAAGGCUGGGACCAUUCUCCGCCUGUCCUACGAGCAGAAGGUCAGGCCGCACCACAUAUGGGACUGGAUCAGCAACCAUCCUCGCAUCGUCAUUCCCAUCGUGGCCGCCCUGCUCGCAGGCAUCACAGUCAUCAUCUUUGACCCGAUCCGGGAGUUUUCUAUCAAGGCGCACAUCGAGAGGCGCUUUAGCCUGUCAGACAACAAGAUCUUCCAGUGGUUCAAGCGGCGCACCAACGACAUCCUGGCCUUCAGGAAGCACAAGGCUGAGGACGCUGGGCUGAAGGCGCUCUUCACGCACCGCAGGGAUGCCAUAGACCAGGUCCAGACGUGGCUGAUGGAGUCUGCCGAUACUUUCAUCGUCGUCCAGGGCCCGCGCGGCUCAGGCAAGGAGGAGCUGGUGUUGGACCAGGCCCUCGGCGGGCGGAAGGAUGUCCUUGUGCUUGACUGCAAGCCUAUCGUGGAGGCCAAGGGCGAGAGCACCACGAUCAAGAAGCUGGCGGGCGAGGUUGGCUACAGGCCCGUCUUCUCAUGGGCCAAUCAACUGAGCAGCCUCGUAGACCUUGCCAUCCAGAGCACCACAGGUGUCAAGUCGGGCUUCUCUGAAACCCUCGACUCCCAGCUCAGCAAGAUCCUCUCCAACACCGCCGCGGCUCUGAAGAGGGUUUCGCUCUCGGACCGCAAAAAGGAGGACGCCGACGCAAGCCUGAACGAUGAUGCGUUUCUCGAGGCUCAUCCCGAGCGCCGGGCCGUGGUCGUCAUCAACAACUUCCUGCUCAAGAACGAAGAGACCAGCAUCGUGUACGACAAGCUCUCGGAGUGGGCAGCCGCCCUGGUCCAGGCCAACAUCGCACACGUCAUCUUCCUGACCAGCGACUCGUCCUACUCGAAACCACUGUCCAAGUCCCUGCCGGACAGGGUCUUCCGCACCAUCGCGCUGGGUGACCUCUCGCCCGAGGUCGCCAAGCAGUACGUGCUAAGCCACCUCUCCCAGACCAAGCCCAAGGACAAGAACAAGAAGGAGUCCGCAGAUGAGAACAAGGACACGGCCACCAGCGGCGAAGAGAAGUCGCAGGAGACCACCACCGCUGUCGAGGAGUCGCCUCGGAACAUCCAGGAGCUCGACGAGGUCAUCACCGUCCUGGGCGGCCGCCUCACCGACCUCGAAUUUCUCGCGCGGCGCAUGAAGACGGGCCAGAGCCCCCGCCAGGCCGUGCAGGAAAUCAUCGACCAAUCUGCCUCGGAGAUCCUGAAGCUCUUCCUGCUCACCAACAAGCCCCCCUCGGACAGCAGCAGGAAGUAUUCAACCGAGCAGGCCUGGUACCUGAUCAAGGAGAUCGCCAAGAAGGAGUCCCUGCGGUACAACGAGGUGCUGCUCUCGGACACCUUCGCCUCCUCAACGGCACCCGGCGUGGAGAACGGCGAGAUCGCCCUCGAGAACCUGGCCAGCGCGGAGCUUAUCAGCGUGCGCUCGCAUCGCGGCCGCCCGCAGGCCAUCACGGCCGGCAAGCCUGUGUACCAAGCCGCCUUCGACGCGCUUCUACGGGACCCUGUCCUCAAAGCCAAGAUGGACCUGGCCGUGCUAACAGAGCUGGGAAAGAUUGAGGGCAAAAAUAUUAACAAGGUCGAGGCGGAGCUGAGCCUGCUAGCCUCUCUCCCCAAGCAACCCUACGAGACGACGGCACGUAUCAAUUACCUUCUCGCCAAGCUUGCCGGCAGCCAGACCAAGAUUCGGGACUAUGAAAUCGAGAUGGCCAAGCUGAAGAAGGUCUUGAUGCAGGAGACUUGA